AUGCGUCCUGAAAUUGAACAAGAGCUGGCUCACACCUUGCUGGUGGAGCUUCUCGCCUAUCAGUUUGCCUCGCCAGUUCGAUGGAUUGAAACUCAAGAUGUUAUCCUAGCCGAACAGCGCACCGAGCGCAUUGUGGAGAUUGGUCCGGCAGACACUUUGGGAGGAAUGGCCCGACGGACACUAUCUACCAAGUAUGAGUCCUACGAUGCUGCUACUUCCGUGCAGCGUCAGAUCCUUUGCUACAACAAAGACGCAAAGGAGAUCUACUACGAUGUGGACCCCAUUGAGGAGGAGGAGCCGGUAGCGGAGACUGCCGCUACUCCGGCUGCUGCUCCCGCAGCUGCGAGUGCUCCUGUUGCUGCUGUCGCUGCUCCCCCAUCCAAUGCUGGCCCCGCUGCUUCUGUGGAGGAUACACCGGUCACUGCCGUUGAUAUUCUGCGAUCUUUGGUCGCCCAGAAGUUGAAGAAGGGUCUGGCCGAUGUGCCGUUGUCAAAAGCCAUUAAGGAUCUUGUCGGAGGUAAAUCCACAUUACAAAAUGAAAUCCUGGGUGAUCUAGGAAAGGAAUUCGGCUCAACACCUGAGAAGCCAGAAGAUACCCCACUAGAUGAGUUGGGUGCUGCUAUGCAGGCCACCUUCAAUGGUCAAUUGGGCAAGCAGUCAUCAUCCCUCAUUGCUCGCAUGGUCGCCUCAAAGAUGCCCGGUGGUUUCAAUAUCACAGCAGUUCGCAAGUACCUUGAGACUCGAUGGGGCUUGGGCUCAGGCCGUCAGGACGGUGUGCUCUUGCUCGCUAUCACCAUGGAGCCAGCCGCUCGUCUUGGUUCAGAAGCUGAUGCCAAGCUUUUCCUCGACGAUGUGACCAACAAAUAUGCUGGAGCUGCUGGCAUUAACCUCUCAGCACCUGCUGCCGGUGGCGAUGCCGGUGCUUCUGGUGGUGGUAUGAUGAUGGAUCCUGCCGCCCUAGAUGCUCUAACCAAGGACCAGCGUGCCAUGUUCAAACAGCAAUUGGAGGUCAUCGCUCGCUACCUGAAGAUGGAUCUGCGCGCCGGUGACAAGGCCUUUAUCACAUCUCAGGAGACUCAAAAGACACUGCAAGCACAAAUCGACUUGUGGCAAGCGGAGCACGGCGACUUCUAUGCCUCGGGUAUCGAGCCCUCCUUUGACCCGCUCAAGGCCCGUAUCUACGAUUCUUCAUGGAACUGGGCUCGUCAAGAUGCUCUGAGCAUGUACUACGACAUCAUCUUUGGCCGCCUGCAGGUCGUGGACCGUGACAUCGUCAGCCAGUGUAUUCGUAUCAUGAACCGUUCCAAUCCUCUUCUCCUCGACUUCAUGCAGUACCACAUCGACAACUGCCCUGCUGAACGUGGUGAGACCUAUCAGUUGGCCAAGGAGUUGGGCCAGCAGCUCAUUGAGAACUGCCGGGAGGUUCUUGAUGUCCCUCCUGCGUACAAGGAUGUUAAUGUCCCAACUGGUCCCCAGACCACCAUUGACUCCCGCGGCAACAUUGGCUUCAAGGAAGUUCCCCGCACUAGUGCUCGCAAGCUCGAGCACUACGUCAAGCAAAUGGCAGAGGGUGGACCCAUCUCCGAGUACAGCAACCGCAACAAGGUGCAAAAUGACUUGAAGAAUGUUUACAAGUUGAUCCGAAAGCAACAUCGCCUCUCCAAGGCUUCGCAAAUUCAGUUCGAUGCUCUCUACAAGAACGUUCUGCACGCUCUCAACAUGAACGAGAGCCAGAUCAUGCCCCAGGAGAACGGUAGCGUUAAGAAGUCCGGUGUUAGCGGCUUGAAGCGCACUGCAGUUCGCCCCGGAAAGGUGGAGACCAUCCCAUUCCUUCACCUCAAGAAGAAGAGUGAGCACGGCUGGGACUACAGCAAGAAGCUCACCGGAGUCUACCUGAAUGUGCUCGAGUCUGCUGCUGGCUCUGGUCUCACUUUUCAGGGCAAGAACGUGCUCAUGACCGGCGCCGGUGCCGGUUCCAUUGGUGCAGAGGUCCUCCAGGGCUUGAUCAGCGGUGGUGCCAAGGUUAUCGUCACCACCAGCCGUUUCUCCCGCGAGGUCACUGAAUACUACCAGGCCAUGUACGCCCGCUUCGGUGCUCGUGGCUCCCAGCUGGUUGUCGUGCCUUUCAAUCAGGGUAGCCAACAGGAUGUGCAGGCUCUGAUUGACUACGUGUAUGACACUAAGAAGGGCCUUGGCUGGGACUUGGACUUCGUCGUUCCUUUCGCCGCAAUUCCUGAGAAUGGCCGCGAGAUCGACUCCAUCGACUCCAAGUCGGAGCUAGCUCACCGUAUUAUGUUGACCAACUUGCUCCGUCUUCUUGGUGCAGUCAAGACCCAGAAGCAGGCGCAUGGCUUCGUCACCCGCCCUGCCCAGGUCAUUCUUCCCCUGUCUCCUAACCACGGUACCUUUGGUAACGACGGUUUGUACUCUGAGUCCAAGCUGGCACUCGAGACUCUCUUCAACCGCUGGUACUCUGAGAACUGGAGCAACUACCUCACUAUCUGCGGUGCUGUCAUUGGUUGGACCCGUGGUACUGGCUUGAUGAGUGGCAAUAACAUGGUCGCUGAAGGUGUUGAAAAGCUCGGUGUCCGCACUUUCUCCCAGCAGGAGAUGGCCUUCAACCUUCUUGGUUUGAUGUCCCCUGCCAUCGUCAACCUGUGCCAACUCGACCCCGUCUUCGCUGAUCUCAACGGAGGACUGCAGUUCAUCCCCGACCUCAAGGGUCUGAUGACCAAACUCCGCACCGAAAUCAUGGAGACCAGCGAUGUUCGCCAGGCUGUCAUCAAGGAGACUGCCAUCGAGCACAAGAUCAUCAAUGGCGAGGACAGCGGUGCUCUGUAUAAGAAGGUUGUUGCUGAGCCCCGUGCCAACAUCAAGUUUGAGUUCCCCACUCUGCCCGACUGGGAGCAGGAGGUCAAGCCGCUCAGCGAAUCUCUCAAGGGCAUGGUCAACUUGGAUAAGGUGGUUGUCGUCACUGGUUUUGCUGAAGUUGGUCCUUGGGGUAACUCCCGUACUCGCUGGCAGAUGGAGGCCCACGGCAAGUUCUCUCUUGAGGGCUGUGUCGAGAUGGCCUGGAUCAUGGGUCUGAUCAAGCACCACAACGGUCCCCUUAAGGGCAAGGCAUACUCCGGUUGGGUUGAUGCCAAGACCAGUGACCCUGUCGAUGAUAAGGAUGUUAAGACCAAGUACGAGAAGUUCAUUUUGGAGCACAGCGGUAUUCGUCUCAUCGAGCCCGAGCUGUUCAAGGGAUACGAUCCCAAGAAGAAGCAGCUUCUCCAGGAAAUUGUCAUCCAGGAGGAUCUCGAGCCCUUCGAGGCCUCCAAAGAAACUGCCGAGGAGUUCAAGCGCGAGCAUGGCGACAAGGUCGAGAUCUUCGAGAUCCCCGAGUCCGGCGAGUACACCGUUCGUCUCCGCAAGGGUGCCAACCUGCUCAUCCCCAAGGCACUCCAAUUCGACCGCCUUGUUGCAGGCCAGAUCCCUACUGGCUGGGAUGCCCGCCGCUAUGGUAUUCCUGACGAUAUCAUCGAGCAGGUUGAUCCUGUCACCCUGUUUGUCUUGGUCUGCACUGCUGAGUCCAUGCUGUCCGCUGGUAUCACCGACCCUUACGAGUUCUACAAGUACGUCCAUCUCUCAGAGGUCGGUAACUGCAUCGGUUCCGGUAUCGGUGGUACACACGCUUUGCGCGGUAUGUACAAGGACCGCUAUCUUGACAAGCCCCUGCAGAAGGAUAUCUUGCAGGAGUCCUUCAUCAAUACAAUGAGCGCCUGGGUGAACAUGCUACUCCUGUCCUCCACCGGUCCUAUCAAGACUCCUGUCGGCGCUUGUGCCACUGCUGUCGAAUCCGUCGACAUUGGUUACGAGACCAUCGUCGAGGGCAAGGCCCGUGUCUGCUUCGUCGGUGGUUUCGAUGACUUCCAGGAGGAGGGAUCAUACGAGUUCGCCAACAUGAAGGCGACCAGCAACGCCGAGGAGGAAUUCGCCCACGGUCGUACACCGCAGGAAAUGUCGCGUCCCACUACCACUACCCGUGCCGGUUUCAUGGAGUCGCAGGGUUGCGGUAUUCAGCUCAUCAUGAGUGCCCAACUCGCCCUCGACAUGGGUGUCCCCAUCUACGGUAUCGUUGCUCUGACAACUACUGCCACCGAUAAGAUUGGUCGCUCCGUGCCUGCUCCCGGCCAGGGUGUUCUGACCACUGCCCGUGAGAACCCCGGCAAGUUCCCUUCGCCUUUGUUGGAUAUCAAGUACCGCCGCCGCCAGCUGGAUCUGCGCAAAAAGCAAAUCAAGGAGUGGCACGAGUCCGAGCUGCUCUACCUGCAGGAGGAAGUUGAUGCCAUGCAGGCACAGAGCGACGAGACCUUCAGCGCCUCCGAAUAUAUGCACGAGCGUGCCCAGCACAUUGAGCGUGAAGCUACUCGCCAAGAGAAGGAUGCUCAGUUCUCCCUUGGCAACAACUUCUGGAAGCAGGAUUCGCGCAUUGCUCCCCUGCGCGGUGCCCUGGCCACUUGGGGCCUGACUGUCGAUGACAUUGGCGUCGCCUCCUUCCACGGUACCUCUACAAUGGCCAAUGACAAGAACGAAUCCGAUGUCAUCUGCCAACAGCUCAAGCAUCUGGGUCGCAAGAAGGGUAACGCCGUCAUGGGUAUCUUCCAGAAGUACCUCACUGGUCACCCCAAGGGUGCCGCCGGUGCCUGGAUGUUCAACGGUGCUCUGCAGGUCCUAGAAACCGGUAUUGUCCCCGGUAACCGUAACGCCGAUAACGUCGACAAGGUGAUGGAGAAGUUCGAUUACAUCGUGUACCCCAGCCACAGCAUCCAGACCGACGGCAUCAAGGCUUUCUCAGUCACAUCCUUCGGUUUCGGUCAGAAGGGUGCCCAGGCCAUUGGUAUCCACCCCAAGUACCUCUAUGCUGUUCUUGACAAGUCUCAAUACCAGACCUACAAGACCAAGGUCGAGGCCCGUCAGAAGAAGGCUUACCGUUUCUUCCACAAUGGUCUGAUCAACAAUAGCAUCUUUGUUGCUAAGAGCAAGGCUCCCUAUGAGGACAAGAUCCAGAGCCAGGUCUUCCUCAACCCCGACUACCGUGUGAGCGUUGAUAAGAAGACCUCCGAGCUGAAGUACUCAAGCACAGCCCCUGAAGCCAAGAGCUCAAGCACUGAAGGCACUCGCCAAGUGAUUGAGUCCCUCGCAAAAGCCAACGCCACUGAAAACUCCAAGAUUGGUGUUGAUGUCGAGCAGAUUGAUUCUAUCAAUAUCUCCAACGAAACCUUCGUGGAACGCAACUUCACCGCCAGUGAACAGGAAUACUGCCGCAAGGCUGCAUCCCCUCAAGCUUCGUUUGCUGGCCGGUGGAGUGCAAAGGAAGCUGUCUUCAAGUCACUUGGUGUGAGUAGCAAGGGUGCCGGUGCAGCUCUUAAGGACAUCGAGAUUGGAAUUGACGCCAACGGCGCCCCUGUGGUUAACCUUCACGGUGUUGCCGCCACCGCCGCUAAGGAGGCCGGUGUCAAGCAAGUCAAUGUCAGCAUCAGUCAUAGCGACUCGCAAGCCGUCGCCGUCGCCGUUUCGCAGUUCUGA